GAGUCCUGCGCAGUGACGCCGUGCUUUUUAAACCUCCGCUUCACGUCUCCUCCAGCCGCACACCCCCGACUCUCUCCAGGCCGCCGCCUGCGCGUCACCACCCGGACCAAAGCUCGAGUCAGUCCGGAGCACAAAAACAAACUGUUUUCUCCACUUUUCCUUCCUGAGCCGCCUCGUUUUUGAGAAUCUAGCCCGCAGGAGUCCAGGAGAGCCCCGCGGGUCUGCAUGCGUUCACUCUUUACGCAGAGCUCAGUGAAGUGUGUCACUCCCUGCAAGCUUGGCACUGCCCCUCCGCUCCCGCUGCGCCUUUUCUCUUUUUUCUGCCUUUUCUUCUCUUCCCACUCCGCUUGGUGCUAUAAAAGGGGUUCACCAUGAUGAGCAACAGCAGCUAUUUGGAGCCGCAGCAGUUCUACCAGAGCACCGCGGACAUAGGAGAGGAGGAGGAGGAGGAGGAGAUGCCGGCCACCGAGAAGGACCUGGCCGAGGACGCGCCGUGGAAGAAGAUCCAGCAGAACACCUUCACCAGGUGGUGCAACGAGCACCUGAAGAUGAUCAACAAGCGGAUCAAUGACCUGCAGAAGGACCUGAGCGACGGGCUGAAGCUGAUCGGGCUGCUGGAGGUGCUGAGCCAGAAGAAGAUGUACCGGAAAUACCACAGCAGACCCAACUUCAGGCAGAUGAAGCUGGAGAACGUGUCCGUGGCGCUGGAGUUCCUGGAGAGAGAGCACAUCAAGCUGGUCUCCAUCGACUCCAAAGCUAUCGUAGAUGGGAAUCUGAAGCUGAUCCUGGGUCUGAUCUGGACCCUGAUCCUCCACUACUCCAUCUCCAUGCCCAUGUGGGAGGAUGAGGAUGAUGAAGAUGCCAAGAAACUGACCCCUAAACAGCGUCUGCUGGGUUGGAUCCAGAACAAGGUGCCCCAGCUCCCCAUCACCAACUUCCACCGAGACUGGAGGGACGGCAAGGCACUGGGCGCUCUGGUGGACAACUGCGCCCCUGGUCUGUGUCCGGACUGGGAAACAUGGGAUCCCAGUCAGCCGGUGGAGAAUGCCCGAGAGGCCAUGCAGCAGGCUGACGACUGGCUGGGAGUGCCACAGGUGAUUGCUCCUGAGGAGAUUGUCGACCCUAACGUGGACGAGCACUCUGUCAUGACCUACCUGUCUCAGUUCCCCAAAGCCAAGCUGAAGCCCGGCGCCCCACUGAGGGCCAAGUCACUACAUCCCAAGAGAGCUAAAGCCUAUGGACCAGGUAUCGAGCCUCGAGGGAACAUGGUUCUGAAACCAGCAGAGUUUCUUGUGGAGACGGUGGAGGCCGGACUGGGAGAAGUUCUCGUUUAUGUGGAGGAUCCAGAGGGACACACAGAAGAGGCCCGAGUCAUCCCCAACAACGACAAGAACCGAACCUACUCUGUGGUCUACCUGCCUAAAGUGGAGGGGCUUCAUAAAGUAAAGGUGUUGUUUGCUGGACAGGACAUCGACAGAAGUCCCUUCAUUGUGAAUGUUUCAAAAGCCAUGGGUGACCCGACCAGAGUUCAGGCCCGCGGGCUCGGACUGCAGCCAAUGGGGAACGUGGCCAACAAACCUACAUAUUUUGAUAUUUACACUGCAGGAGCGGGUGCUGGAGACGUGGGCGUCAUCAUUGUGGAUUCGAAUGGUCGCAGGGAUACAGUGGAGAUUGUCCUGGAGAACAGAGGCGACAGUAUAUUUCGGUGCACCUAUGUCCCUGUCCUGGAGGGACCUCACGUUGUCUGCGUGACCUUUGCUGGACAGCAGAUUCCCAGAAGUCCUUUCACUGUCCACAUCUCCGAGGUUUCACAGAGUGCCCCUUCUCCUGGGUCUCCAGUGCAGAUUGUACCUCAGUCCAUACGCACCCCACCUGCUGACAAGACCAGGAGAGCCCCUCCUCCAACACCACCCAAACCCAGGCGACCAACCUGUAACCCGAACGCCUGCCGAGCGUCGGGCAGAGGUCUGCAGCCAAAGGGUCUGAGAGUGAAAGAAGUGGCAGAUUUUAGAGUUUACAGCAAAGGAGCCGGCAGCGGGGAGCUCAAAGUCACCGUGAAAGGACCAAAGGGCCUGGAGGAGCCCGUGAAGGUGCUUGAGAUGGAAAAUGGCCUGUAUGAGUGUAAUUAUUACCCCAUCAUGGCAGGAAAGUACAUUGUAGCCAUCACCUGGGGAGGACACAGCAUCCCACGCAGCCCAUUUGAGGUAUAUGUCAGUGAGGAGGUGGGGCCUCAGAAAGUGAGGGCCUGGGGUCCAGGUCUGGAGACCGGGAUGGUGGGGAAGAGCGCUGACUUUGUGGUGGAGGCCAUUGGAACUGAAGUGGGAACUCUCGGUUUCUCUAUCGAGGGGCCCUCCCAGGCUAAGAUCGAGUGUGAUGAUAAAGGCGAUGGAUCGUGUGAUGUUCGAUACUGGCCGACUGAACCGGGCGACUAUGCCGUCCAUGUUAUAUGUGAUGAUGAGGACAUCAAGGACAGUCCCUUUAUGGCCCACAUCCUCCCCGCUGCCAAUGACGUCUUUCCUGAGAAGGUGAAAUGUUAUGGUCCAGGUCUAGAGCCUUUGGGUUGCAUUGUUAACAAACCAGCUGAUUUUACCAUCGAUACCCAUGGAGCCGGCAGAGGCGAGCUGAAGCUCUAUGCUCAGGAUUCAGACGGUUUCCCCAUCGACAUCCAGAUCACCGAUAACGGCGACAGCACUUACUUCUGUGUUUACAUUCCCACAAAACCCAUCAAACACACCAUCAUCAUCACCUGGGGUGAAGUCAAUGUCCCCAACAGCCCCUUCAGGGUGACUAUUGGAGAGGGCAGCCAUCCAGAGAACGUGAAGGUUUAUGGUCCAGGUGUGGAGAAGACGGGACUCAAGGCCAAUGAGCCAACUUACUUCACUGUGGACUGCAGUGAGGCUGGACAGGGUGAUGUCAGCAUUGGUAUCAAGUGUGCUCCAGGUGUAGUCGGUCCUGCUGAGGCCGACAUUGACUUCGACAUCAUAAAGAAUGACAACGACACGUUCACAGUGAAGUACAUGCCUCCGGGUCCCGGUCAGUACACCAUCAUGGUGCUGUUUGCUGAUCAGGAAAUCCCUAUCAGCCCCUUCAGAAUAAAGGUGGAGCCUUCCCAUGACGCAGCCAAGGUCAGAGCAGAGGGACCUGGACUCAACAGGACAGGGGUGGAGGUGGGUAAACCCACCCAUUUCACCAUUUACACAAAGGGAGCUGGUAAAGCCAAACCUGAGGUUCACUUCACCGGAGCAGCUAAAGGUGAUGCCGUCAGAGACUUCGAGAUCAUCGACAACCACGACUACUCGUACACUGUCCGCUACACGGCAGUGCAGCAGGGGAACGUGUCCAUCAUUGUGUGUCAUGGAGGAGACCCCAUCCCAAAAAGUCCAUUUAGCGUCAUUGUGGCCCCCCCACUGGACCUCAACAAGGUCAAAGUUCAGGGACUGAACAACAAGGUAGACGUUGGGAAGGAUCAGGAGUUCUCCAUCUGUACUCGAGGUGCUGGCGGUCAGGGCAAACUGGACGUAAAAAUCACCUCCCCAUCGCGUCGACCAAUCCCCUGCAAGGUGGAGUCAGGCACAGCCAAUGAGAUUCACACAGUGAAGUACAUUCCCCCCGAGGAAGGACCCUACAGAGUGGACAUCAGCUACGAUGGGAACCCCGUCCCAGGAAGUCCAUUCACUGUGGAGGGCAUCAUGCCCCCUGACCCUUCAAAGGUGCGAGCAUACGGUCCAGGUCUUCAAGGUGGUGUGGUGGGCAAACCAGCCCCCUUUGCCAUUGACACAAAGGGCGCUGGUACUGGUGGUCUGGGUCUGACGGUGGAGGGGCCAUGUGAGGCCAAGAUUGAAUGCCAGGACAAUGGCGAUGGAUCCUGCUCCGUGUCCUACCUGCCCACUGAGCCCGGCGAGUAUGCAAUCAACAUCCUGUUUGCAGACCAGCACAUCCCCGGGUCCCCCUUCAAGGCCAUGGUCCAGUCGGUGUUCAACCCCAGCAAGGUGACGGCCUGCGGUCCCGGCCUGGAGCAUGGCAAGGUCAAUGAGGCUGGAACUUUCACAGUGGACUGCUCCAAAGCUGGAGAGGAUGAGCUCACCAUCGAGAUCAUCUCUGACUCUGGGGCCAAAGCCGAAGUUCACAUCCAGAACAACAGCGAUGGGACCUACUCCAUCACCUACAUCCCCCAGUGCCACGGCAUGUACACCAUCACCAUUAAAUAUGGAGGACACACGGUGCCGAAGUUCCCCAUCCGCCUCCAGGUGGACCCAGCUUUUGACACCAGUGAGGUGAAGGUCUACGGACCAGGAGUGGAGCCCAGAGGCGUCCUGAGGGAAGUAACAACUCAUUUCAUCGUGGACGCUCGAGCUCACUACAAGAGCGGCGGCAGCCAUAUCAAAACCUCCAUCUCCAAUCCGUCGGGCGCCAACACAGAUGCUUACGUCACCGACAAGGGAGACGGGACGUACAGGGUCGAGUACACGCCCUUCGAGGAUGGUCUGCAUCUGAUUGAAGUUCUCUUCGAUGAUGUCUCGGUACCCAAGAGUCCAUUCAGGGUGUCGGUGGCUGAGGGUUGCGAUCCCAGUCGAGUCCGAGCCUACGGUCCGGGUCUGGAGGAAGGACUGGUGAACAAACCGAACCGAUUCACUGUCGAGACCAGAGGUGCUGGCACUGGAGGCCUCGGCCUGGCCAUUGAGGGUCCAUCAGAGGCAAAGAUGUCAUGUAAGGAUAACAAAGAUGGCAGCUGCAGUGUGGAGUACAUCCCCUUCACUCCUGGAGAAUAUGAUGUCAAUAUCACCUUUGGAGGCUUACCUAUCCCAGGGAGUCCAUUCCGGGUCCCAGUGCGAGAGCUGGUUGAUCCCAGUAAGGUGAGGUGUUCAGGUCCUGGCCUUGGAAGUGGAGUGCGUGCUCAUGUUCCUCAGACUUUCACUGUAGAUAGCAGCAAGGCAGGGGUGGCUCCCCUGGCAGUUCAGCUCUAUGGGCCUACAGGUGUGGCUGAGCCAGUCAGCGUCACAGAUAACGCUGAUGGCACUCACACAGUCAACUAUACUCCUGCCAACGAUGGCCCGUACACGGUGUGCGUGAAGUACGCUGACCAGGAAGUGCCCCGCAGUCCUUUUAAGAUCAAGACGUUACCAGCUCACGAUGCCAGCAAAGUUCGAGCUAGUGGUCCCGGACUGAAUGCAUCCGGGGUUCCAGCCAGCAUGCCGGUGGAGUUCACCAUUGAUGCCAGAGAUGCUGGAGAAGGACUGCUCACCGUCCAGAUUCUGGAUCCAGAGGGAAAACCCAAGAAGGCCAACAUCCGAGACAACAGAGACGGGACGUACACAGUGUCCUAUGUGCCGGACAUGACGGGACGCUACACCAUCACCAUCAAAUACGGAGGAGACGAGAUCCCGUACUCACCUUACCGGAUCCACGCCCUGCCCACCGGAGACGCCAGCAAGUGUCUGGUCACAGUGUCGAUCGGAGGCCACGGACUCGGUUCAGGAAUCGGACCCACCAUCCAGAUCAGAGAGGAGACCGUCAUCACCGUAGAUGCAAAGGCUGCCGGGAAAGGUAAAGUCACCUGCAAGGUGUCGACGCCGGACGGAGCGGAGCUGGACGUGGAUGUAGUGGAGAAUGCAGAUGGGACAUUUGAUAUUUAUUACACGGCUCCAGAGCCUGGGAAGUACGUCAUAACCAUCCGCUUUGGAGGAGAACACAUUCCCAACAGCCCCUUCCACGUGGUGGCGAGUGAUACCGUCCCAAUAAUAGAGGAACCAUGUGACAAGCUUCAGUUACAGCAGCCCUACUCUCCCUAUGCGACCUUCUCCCCUCAAUGGGCCACCGAUGAUCCCAUCAGCCCUGUGGACGGGCUGGAGCCGAUGCUGCGUCCCUUCAGUCUCGUCAUUCCCUUCACGGUGCAGAAAGGAGAGAUCACAGGCGAAGUCCGCAUGCCAUCAGGUCGGACAGCUCGACCUCAUAUCACCGACAACAAGGACGGCACCGUUACCGUGAAAUACUCGCCGACUGAACGAGGCCUGCACGAGAUGGACAUCAAAUAUGACGGCAGCCACAUCCCAGGAAGUCCACUCCAGUUCUAUGUUGAUGCCAUUAACAGUGGUCAUGUGACGGCGUAUGGUCCCGGCCUGAGCCAUGGCACAGUGAACAGACCAGCUACUUUCACCAUCGUUACAAAGGACGCUGGAGAAGGAGGUUUGUCUCUGGCUGUUGAAGGUCCAUCCAAAGCGGAGAUCAGCUGUAAAGACAAUAAGGAUGGGACGUGCACAGUGUCCUACCUGCCCACCGCACCUGGAGACUACAACAUCAUCGUCAAGUUUGAUGACAAACACAUCCCCGGCAGCCCCUUCACUGCCAAAAUCACCGGUGAUGACUCUGUGAGGACGUCCCAGCUCAACGUUGGCACAGCAACCGAUGUUUCCUUAAAGAUCACAGAGACGGACCUGAGCAGCCUGACGGCAACCAUCAGAGCUCCGUCAGGAACCGAGGAGCCCUGCCUGCUGAAGAGGCUGCCCAACAGGCACAUCGGAAUCUCCUUCACCCCAAAGGAAGUUGGUGAACACGUGGUCAGCGUGAAGAAGAAUGGGAAACAUGUCACCAACAGUCCAUUUAAGAUCAUGGUGGGUCAGUCUGAGAUCGGAGAUGCCAGCAAGGUGAAGGUUUACGGUCAGGGGUUGGUGGAGGGACACACGUUCGAGAUGGCCGAGUUCAUAGUGGACACGAGGAACGCAGGUUAUGGAGGUCUGGGUCUGUCCAUCGAGGGUCCCAGUAAGGUGGACAUCAACUGUGAGGAUGUAGAAGAUGGGACGUGUAAAGUUACCUACUGUCCCACGGAACCAGGAAAUUACAUCAUCAACAUCAAGUUCGCCGACCAGCACGUGCCAGGAAGUCCGUUCACGGUGAAGGUGUUUGGCGAGGGUCGGAUGAAGGAAAGCAUCACCCGGAAACGGCAGGCACCCUCCAUCGCCACCGUGGGCAGCACCUGUGACCUCAACCUCAAAAUACCAGGAAACUGGUUUCAGAUGGUUUCUGCUCAGGAGCGUCUGACCCGGACGUUCACCCGCAGCAGCCACACCUACACCCGGACUGAGCGGACAGAGAUCAGCAAAACCCGAGCCGGAGAGACUAAGAGGGAGGUGCGGGUGGAGGAGAGCACGCAGGUCGGAGGAGAUCCCUUCAGAGAUGUGUUCGGAGAUUUUCUGGGACGAGAGAGUAUGAGCAGCUUUGGGGGGAUGCCGGCCGGCAGCCGACAGCCGCUGCAGGAUGGUGAGCCAGGUAACCAGGAGAUGAUGGCUCAGGUGACGAGUCCUGGAGGAAAGACGGAGGAUGCAGAGAUCAUUAAAGGAGAGGACAGCACCUAUAGCGUCCGCUUUAUUCCUCAGGAGAUGGGACCUCACACUGUCAACGUCAAAUACCGGGGCCAGCACGUCCCCGGGAGCCCCUUCCAGUUCACCGUGGGCCCCCUGGGAGAGGGAGGGGCCCACAAGGUCCGCGCAGGAGGAACUGGACUGGACCGUGGAGUGGCCGGGAUCCCAGCUGAGUUCAGUAUCUGGACCAGAGAGGCAGGAGCUGGAGGUCUCUCCAUUGCUGUAGAAGGACCCAGCAAGGCUGAGAUCACCUUUGAAGACAGGAAGGACGGAUCCUGUGGAGUCACCUAUGUGGUGCAGGAGCCUGGUGAUUAUGAGGUCUCCAUUAAAUUCAAUGAUGAACACAUCCCAGACUCCCCCUUCAUGGUCCCCGUCGCCUCUCUGUCAGAUGACGCUCGCCGCCUCACCAUCACCAGCCUGCAGGAGAUGGGCCUGAAGGUGGGUCAUGAGGCCUCCUUUGCAGUGCAGCUGAAUGGAGCCAGAGGGUUGAUUGAUGCUAAGAUCCACACACCAUCAGGAGCCAGCGAGGAGUGUUACAUCACUGAGCUGGACAGCGAUCAGCAUGCUAUCAGGUUCAUCCCAAAGGAAAACGGUGUUCAUUCUAUAGAUGUUCGUUUUAACGGCAGCCACGUCCCCGGCAGUCCCUUCAAGAUCCGAGUGGGAGAACCAGGUCAGGUCGGAGAUCCAGGAAUGGUGUCUGCCUUCGGGCCGGGCCUGGAGGGAGGAACCACAGGUGUAGCAUCAGAGUUUAUCGUCAACACCUGUAACGCCGGCUCGGGGGCUCUGUCCGUGACCAUUGAUGGGCCAUCAAAGGUUAAGAUGGACUGUCAGGAGUGUCCUGAGGGCUACAAGGUCUCUUACACACCUAUGGCUCCUGGAAGCUACCUGAUCUCCAUCAAGUACGGAGGACCCCAACACAUUGUAGGCAGCCCCUUCAAGGCCAAAGUGUCAGGACCUCGUCUGGCAGGCAGCCACAGUUUGCAUGAGACAUCAUCUGUUCUUGUGGAAACCGUCAGCAAGUCAUCAGCGAUGGGCGGGCCCUUCGCCUCUUUGCCUAAGUUCUCCUCGGAUGCCAGUAAAGUCAUCUCCAGAGGCGCCGGCCUUUCGAAGGCCUUCAUUGGUCAGAAAAACACGUUCACAGUCGACUGCAGCAAAGCAGGCACCAACAUGUUGAUGGUUGGCGUCCACGGGCCGAAGACGCCCUGCGAGGAGGUUUACGUAAAACACAUGGGAAACAGGAUGUACAACGUCACGUACACCGUUAAAGAGCAGGGCAGCUACAUCCUCAUCGUGAAGUGGGGGGACGAGAACGUCCCCGGCAGCCCGUUUCACGUCACCGUCCCUUAA